GGAGGAGUGAAGGUGUUGAUCACCGGGCCGUGGAGCGAGACGUUGGGUCGGUACUCGUGUGUGUUCGAUCAGAGCAACGUCCCAGCAACCCUCAUCCAACCAGGAGUGCUGCGCUGCUACUGCCCAGCUCACGAGGCUGGGUUGGUGUGUUUGCAGGUUCUGGAGUCUGGAGGCUCUCUCUCCUCCUCCGUUCUGUUCGAGUAUCGGGCGAGGAACGCCAGCUCUCUGCCGAGCUCUCAGCUGGACUGGCUGUCUCUGGACGAUAAUCAGUUCCGGAUGUCGAUCCUGGAGCGUUUGGAGCAGAUGGAGCGCAGGAUGGCAGAAAUGGCCGCUCGCGACAACCAUCACCAACACCAUCAACAACUACAACAACAACACUACCACCAUCACCAUGGCAACCAGCUGGCCACUCCCCCUCCCCCGCAUCCACCUGAGGACCAGGAACAGUCGUCGCAGUGGUUCGAGAGGAGGAUCGUGGGAGUGUGUGAGAGGAUGAUGAGGGGAGGAAGGUGGGGAGGAAGAGGAGGAGGAAGAGGAGAGAGACUCCAUCACUCCCCCCGACACCGAGGGAUGACCCUCCUUCACCUGGCUGCUGCUCAGGGAUACACACACCUGAUACACACCUUAAUCCACUGGAGGAAUGUUAACGCUGACAGUUUGGACUUGGAACAGGAAGUGGAUCCUCUCAACAUCGACCACUUCUCCUGCACGCCACUGAUGUGGGCGUGUGCUCUUGGCCACCAGAGGGCAGCAGAGCUUCUGUAUGGCUGGAACUCUUCAGCGUUGGGGAUCCCUGAUUCUCUGGGACGCCUUCCCCUGGCCGUGGCUCGAUCCAGAGGACACACACGCCUCGCCACGGCUCUGGAAGACCUGCACACACACACUCUGCCACCAGACACACACACACCGCCUCCUGGGGACACACCUCAACCUCCGUCUCCUCUGUCCACCAGCCCCGACACAGGUCUGAGUUCCUCCAGCAGUCUUCCUUCCCCCUCCUCCUCCCCCUCACCAAGCUCCGCCUACUCCAGUGGCCCCGCCCCCAUGGACACCUCCCCCUCCUCUCCCUCCUCUUCCUCCUCUUCCUCCUAUUCCUCCCUCCCUGUCUCCCCCUCUUCUCUCCCCCCUCUGCCCGAGUCCAUGUGGGGGGAGGACCCGGACGCAGGUGCAGGUGUGGACCCCGGCGGCUCCAGAGCCUCUCCUCUGUUCCUCAUGGAUUACAGCGAGAACACGGAGGAGGAAGAGGAGGAGGAGGUGCUGCAGGUUGACAUGGCGAUGCUGGCGGAGCAAAUCAUCGAGGCGACUCCUGAGCGAAUCAAACAGGAGGAUUUCCCCCUGGGGGCGGAGUCUCCGCUCAGAGAGAGGCGGGACAACCCGGACAUUCAGGACACCUGGUUGGCUACUUACCUGGACACGGUCGACGCCCACCCCCACUCCCCCCCCAGGCGGGUGUGCCCCCCCCCCCCCCCUCAGCGCCCUCGCCCUGCAGAGGCUCCGCCCCCUUCCUCCGCAGCGUGGGCGGAGUUCCUGAACGCCUCGGCCAAUGGGAAGAUCGAGAGAGACUUCGCCCUGCUGACGCUGACGGACGGCGAGCAGAGAGAACUGUACGAGGCGGCGAGAAUCAUCCAGAACGCCUUCAGGAGAUACAAGGGUCGCAGGUUAAAGGAGCAGCAGGACAUUGCUGCAGCUGUCAUUCAGAGGUGUUACAGGAAGUACAAACAGCUAACAUGGAUAGCUCUGAAGUACGCGCUCUAUAAGAAGAUGACGCAGGCGGCCAUCUUGAUCCAGUCCAAGUUCCGCUCUUAUUACGAGCAGAAGCGUUUCCAGCAGAGCCGCCGGGCCGCCGUCCUGAUCCAGCAAUACUACCGCAGCUACAAGGAGUACGAGAGGCUGAAGCAGGGAGGGAACCCCAAGAUCAAGGGCUCGUUCCUGACGAAGAGGCAGGACCAGGCAGCGAGGAAGAUCAUGAGGUUCCUGCGCCGCUGCAGACACAGGAUUAAGGAGCUGAAGCAGAGCCGGGAGGCUGGAGAGGGAGAGGACUGGACCACUUAGAUCUUAAACCAGACAGGAAGUGACAUCACAGAGAGACAGGAAGAGACAUCAGAGAGAUCGCCUUACCCACGACAACUCCCUCACCUGUCUGUGUGCACCUGUCUGUGUGCACCUGUCUGUGUGCACCUGUCUGUGUGCACCUGUCUGUGGUGCAGAGCUCCAUCCUGGAAUCACAUCAGAUUCAAGUGAACAAAUAUUUUGAAUUUUUUUAUAUUUAUUAUAUUUUUAUACACUAACACUUAAUGUAGAUAAUAUUCUGAAAUAAUGAUAUCAUUUCAAACACAUUUAAAUACAAAUCAAUAAUAAUAAUAAUAUGUAUUUAUUUCCCUUCCCUUGCUCUGCUUCGAGAGGAGAGAAAGGAAAGGGGACAGGUCAUAAAUACGUGAAGAUAUUGAAAUGAUAUACUAACUAAUAUUUCCAGAAUGAUUCAUGAACCUGGAUGAUAUUAUGGGAUGGAGUUCUUCACACGGCAACAUGUACAUGAUGAGAGAAAGCUGCGUAUAAAUAUAUGAAACACAAUCACAUAUAAUACAUAUAUAUAUAUAUAUAUAAAUACAUAUAUAUUCUAAUGUCGACUUUAUAGAUGCUAUGGAUGUCUUUAUUUAUUACAGCAUGACCUGUGUGUGAGUGUGUGUGUGUGAGAGAGAGUGUGUGUGAGAGAGAGUGUGUGUGAGAGAGUGUGUGAGAGAGUGUGUGAGAGAGAG